AUGAAGUUCACUUCCGCUUUCGCUACUAUCUUCGCUCUAGCUCAGUUGGUCCUUGCUGACUCUGCCGAAUUCGGUAUGAUGUCCAUCCACUCUGGUUCCCCAGUCCACAUGUUGUUCUUCAAGGACGACAACGGACUAGUGCUGGGUUCCGGUGGUAGCAGUUUGAGCACCACCAUCACCGACGACGGUAAGUUGAAGCUUUCGAACGGCAAGUUCGUCGUUGUCGGCUCCGACGGUAAGUUCACCGAGGGUGCCGAGGCCGACGGGUCCAAGGGCUUCGCCAUCGUCGACUCCCGUGUCACCUACAACGGUGCCAGCUCCUUCUACGCUGCACCAGCUGACGGUUCCAACUACUCUGUCUACGCCAAGGAUGUCAGCGGUUCCACCGACAUCGUCUUCAACGCAAGAGGCACCACAGGGGCCGCCAUCACUUCGUACACCCCAUCCGGUGCCUCUGCUUCUGCUUCUGGCUCCGCUUCAAGCACAGCCGCAAAGGCCACCGCCAUCUCUCAAAUCGGUGACGGUCAAGCCCAAGCUUCCGUCCAGACCCAGACUGCUAACGGUGCCCAAAGAUUGGCCCUUGGUGGUGCCGGUGCCGGUAUUGUCGCUGCUGCAUGCGCUCUAAUUAUGUAA